AUGGCCAUUCUUUUUGCUGUUGUGGCCAGAGGAACAACCAUUCUUGCCAAACAUGCUUGGUGUGGAGGAAAUUUCCUGGAGGUGACGGAGCAGAUUCUGGCUAAGAUACCUUCGGAAAAUAACAAACUAACAUACUCACAUGGCAGUUAUUUGUUUCAUUACAUCUGCCAAGACAGGAUUGUAUACCUUUGCAUUACUGAUGAUGAUUUCGAACGUUCCCGGGCCUUUAAUUUUCUGAAUGAGAUAAAGAAGAGGUUCCAGACUACCUAUGGCUCAAGAGCGCAGACAGCCCUGCCUUAUGCCAUGAAUAGUGAGUUCUCAAGUGUCUUGGCCGCACAGCUGAAGCAUCAUUCUGAAAACAAGAGCCUAGACAAAGUGAUGGAGACCCAAGCCCAAGUGGAUGAGCUGAAAGGAAUCAUGGUCAGAAACAUAGACCUGGUAGCUCAGCGCGGAGAAAGAUUGGAACUAUUGAUAGAUAAAACAGAAAAUCUCGUGGAUUCGUCUGUUACCUUCAAAACAACCAGCAGAAAUCUUGCCCGAGCCAUGUGUAUGAAGAACCUCAAGCUUACUAUCAUAAUUAUCAUCGUAUCCAUUGUGUUCAUCUAUAUCAUCGUGUCACUUCUCUGUGGCGGAUUCACAUGGCCAAAGUGUGUGAAGAAAUAA